CCAGCCCUACCCAUCUGUUCUGACCGAUGUGACUCACAGGGCGCCGGUUCGAUGACGGAAAACUUGUAGUUAUCGGGAGAAAUGCUUCACGUUUAGUGUGUGUCAGGAUCAGAUGUGUUAGCGCGACUGCCGUCAGAUUGUGAAACGAUCUGCGUUUUACUGGCUUUUCCCUUGUUAAACGAGAGCCUUAGUUUAAUAUUUUAGUCGAAUAUCGAACUGUGUAAAUUCUUAAUCCGUGAAGAAUAUUUCCGAUUGGAGGGGUGCAUGCAGAAAGAAAUUUGGGCGUAUUAUAGAUUCGUUUGAAGUUCGCUUUGUUUUUUUUGCAGAGCGCUCUCCUCACCAGAGAGGCACGGAGAGCCGCGCAAGAUUGCGAUGCAGUUCGAUGAUAAUACGUGAAAACAAAUAUAGCGUGAUUCAUUAUAGAAAAAUAUUAAAAGGGAUGAGUAUAAUGCUUAUUAGAAUUAAAUUAACAAAAAAGGUCACUCGAAAAGUCUGUUUGGCAGGCAUUUCUGCGAUGACGGGUGCUAGCACAAUUUGUGCAGUUUUUCAUAAUCCUGGGCUGGGGCUUACAGGAAAUGUUUAUAUUUGUUGUUCUUGGCCAAGGGGCUGUUUGCUUUAGUUUUUUGCCAACAGUGUGCAGGAGUAAGUGACCUGAAUGUCACUGCCUAGGUCAGUAGCCAGUGGGUGGGGGAGAGAGACGCUCCUUGUUAGCGUGGUUUUUCAGGCCUCGAUGAGGAGAGGAGCACGAACGCCCAAUUAGCGCAAAUUAUAGGGUUGCUGCAGUUAACACGCAGUGCUAGCCUGGAACCGUCACUGGUCCCAUUGUGGAAAAACUCAUGAUUUAAUGAAGAAAUGUUGGUAAAUGGAUGGGUGUCGGGAGGGGAACUGUUUGACUUCCUGGCUCAGAAGGAGUCCCUGAGCGAAGAGGAGGCUACGCAGUUCAUAAAGCAGAUCCUCGAUGGAGUCCACUACCUCCAUUCCAGAAAAAUCGCUCAUUUUGAUCUCAAGCCUGAAAAUAUAAUGCUGCUAGAUAAGAACGUACCCUUACCACGGAUAAAACUGAUUGACUUUGGUCUAGCUCACAAAAUCGAAGAUGGAGUAGAAUUCAAGAACAUUUUUGGAACUCCAGAAUUCGUUGCUCCAGAGAUCGUCAACUACGAGCCUUUGGGAUUAGCAGCAGAUAUGUGGAGCAUAGGAGUCAUUACCUACAUCUUGCUGAGUGGGGCUUCACCAUUUCUUGGCGAGACCAAACAGGAGACUUUGGCAAACAUCUCGGCUGUGAACUAUGAGUUUGAUGAGGAGUUAUUCAGUCACACUAGUGAACUUGCAAAAAGCUUCAUCAGACAGUUGCUAGAAAAGGACACAAGGAAGAGACUUACAAUUCAAGAUGCUCUCAACCACCCCUGGAUUAAGUCCCAUGAACACAAGCAGGAAACCAAAGGGCCUGAGAGCAAGAAGAAGGAGCGCAGGCAGCUGAAGACCAAACGUCUGAAGGAGUACACCAUUAAGUCCCAUUCUAGCAUGCCUCCAAACAACACCUACGUCAAUUUUGAGCGCUUUGCUAAGGUGGUGGAUGAUAUCUCCUCCAUGGAGAACAGCUUCACUGACAUUGCUAGGGUACACAUUUCGCUCCAGGAGGAUAUAGAUGCCCUGAUUUCCAUCUACAACGAGAAAGACUCCUGGUAUAAAGAGGAAAACGAGAAUGUGAGACACGAACUCUCCCAGAUCCGUUACGAGUUCCGCAAGUUGGAGGCCAUGAAGAAGCAUGUGCGGGAUGACGUGAAGGCAGUGGACUGUAGCUUGGCCAGCAUCAGUGGGAAGUAUGUAGAUCGGAAGACACACUUUGAUUCCUUAAGGCAGGAGCUCUCCUCUGAGCUUAAGUGGGUCCAGGAUGUCAUGACUUCCUUCCAGAUAGAUGUUGACAACAAGGGCAUCUCUAACCGGAGCUUUUCCUCUUUCUUCAACAAUGAUAUCAAUGAGGCCUUGAAGGAGCUUCUCAACCAGUCCUGUGGAGGGGAACUACUUUCUGGCAUCAAUCUGGACCUGAACUAAGGCCUACAUUGAAAAGACAUGAGACCAUUAAAGAGAAAAUAUAGUACUAGUUUUGUGUUGUUUCUUAACAUAGUGAAGGCAGUCUUUGUAGUAUGUUGGAUUAAGUAUUUUUAAUCAGUAUUACGUGUUUUGUUUUAUAAUUAAUGCAAGUAAAGGCAUUUUAGUUCCCUUUGCCUGAGUAAAAUAGGAAGUAAUUACUCUCCCAUUGUGUGCAGUGCUUGGAAAUAUUUUGGUUCCAUUGUGUUCAAAAUGUGUCUUUUUUUUUUUUAUGCCCUGUGAAAACAACUUAUACAUAUGUUUACUGUUUGUAUGUCACUUAAGGAAUUGGAAGCCAAGUUUUGUUUUUGCAUUUAAAACUGGUUUUUAAAAUCAAAGCUGUUAAUGAAAGACCCUCACUUGAAUAAAUGUUUAGUAAAUUUUUUUUGUAUUUGUUUUGUAACAGGCAACAUGAUUAAGAUUUUGUAACAGUUGAUCAAGUUUUGCUUUUUUGUGACUAAUGCUAAAUUUUAACAAACUUGUUAGCUGAUUUAAACUGACCACAUGGUUCAAUUUGUACUGUACACACAUUAUGAUGCCAUCAGUGUGGCGUUUGGUACAGUUUCCUUCUAUUUCCUUUUUUUGUUGUGUAUGUGAUUUUGGUCUGUUAUUUUUCAAGAUCUG